AGGAGAGUGAAAGUAAUUGCAUUAUUUGUAAGUCAGACAUGGCUGCUGCUCCAAGGGCACAGGAUCUCUUGCGGGAUCUUUGUGAAGAAACUAGUUGUUCUGUUUGCCUGGAUUAUUUCAAGGAUCCUGUGAUUUUAGACUGUGGGCACAACUUCUGCAGAGCCUGCCUGACCCAGUGCUGGGAGAAGUCAGGCAACCCAGAGACCUCCUGCCCUCAGUGCAGAGAGAUCGUUUCACCAAAGAACCUCAGGACAAAUCAGCAGCUAGCCAAUAUUGUAGAAAUAACAAAGAAGCACAGUUCUCAGGGGCCCAAGAAGGCAAAAUGCAAGGAGAGAGUCUGUGAGAAACACCAGGAGCCUCUCAAUCUUUUCUGUACAGAUGAUGAAACCUUCAUUUGUGUGGAGUGUGACAGAUCCAAGGAGCAUUGGGAUCAUCGAAGGAUUCCUCUGGGAACAGCUGCUCAAGAGUACAAGGAUUUGAUGAGUCUUCAUCAGCAUUGUCUGGUGAAGGAGAUAGAAAAGGUUCUGGAAUAUAAAGCAAAGACAGAAAAGGAAGCCCAAGACCUGCUUAAGCAGACAAAAGCAAAAAUUGAAAAAACAAUGGGAGAAAUCACACAAAUACGGCAGUUUCUGGAAGAACAGGAGAAACAUCUCCUGGCCCAGAUGGAGGAGAUUGAGAAGCAGAUUGUAAGGAAAAGAGAUGAACACUUGGUCUUACUUUCCCGGGAACUUUCUUCUCUGGAAAGUCUCAUCCAGGAGUUGAAAGAGAAAUGUCAGCAGCCACCAGCAGAACUGCUGCAGGAUGCGAGGAACCUCUUGCAGAGGUUUGAGGAGAAGCAAACAUCCGAGAAGCCAGUGGCUUUCCCUCCAGAGCUGAAAUGGAAGAUCUGGGAGUUUUGUGAUCUAAAUUCCUUUCUAUUUGCUGCCUUGAAGCCAUUCCGAGUUGCUUUCUUAGAUGCUGUGUCACCUGGGCUAGAGCUUCAGAAAGCAAAUGUCACUCUGGAUCCAGACACAGCGGCUCCCUGGCUCAUCCUGUCUGAGGAUCAGAAAAGUGUGAGAUACCAAGCCAAGUGUCAAGACCUGUCUGACAAUCCUGAGAGAUUCAGUAACCGACCUUAUGUGUUGGGAUGUGAGGGAUUCACAUCUGGCAGGCAUUUCUGGGAAGUUAUUGUGGAAGGGGAAGAAGAGUGGGCUGUAGGAGUGACCAGGAAGUCUGUCAGGAGAAAAGGCACUCUUACCAUUAUUAGUGGGGAUGGGAUCUGGGCCGUGGGCAAGUGGGGAGAUAAGUAUCAUGCUACCAGUUGGCCUUCUCGUACUGAUUUCCUGCUGAGUGAAAAGACCAAGCGGGUCCGAGUCUGUCUGAACUACGCUUCAAACCAGGUGGCCUUUUAUGAUGCUGAUACGGGAGAUCAGGUCUGUGUAUUCUCAGAUGUCCCAUUCUCCGGAGAGACUGUCCUCCCGUUCUUUUAUGUGUUUAAAGAAGGCCAUCUCAGAAUCUCAGCAUAAAGCAGGCAAGCCUCUUUCAUGGGCCUUGUUCUCUAAACCUGGAUAAUAAUAUAAGGAGUUUAUUAAACCCUUCUUGGAAAAGUGGUUUUAAAGUAAA